GCAUUCUCACUAAUUCUCUGCUCCCUUCUUCUUCUGCUUUACAGUGAACAAGGCUACUGGACUCCCGAACCAACGACAACCGCAUGGUGGACCCCAACCACAACAUCAUACUGGUCAUACUGGACCCCCUCGACGACCUACACGACAUGCUACACGCAACAGAACGUCGUUGUGACCGUCACUUCGGUGCUGCCCUGCCCUGUAACCUCGACCGUCGUCUACUGGGAAUGCUGCGACCAAUGCGCCACCAACUGCAACUACCCACCCACCACGACCUACGAUUACGGCUACGGCACCACGACCGUUACGUCGUAUACCACCACGACACCCGCGGCCGCCGCGGGGUUACAGACCCAGACCAUCACGAGCAACGGCCUCGUCAUAAUAGUCGUGUCGACCUCGCCGGGCGUGACCACCCCCACGCAGACGGCGAGUGUGGUGUAUCAGGUCGUCAAUGAAGCGCAGGAUGGAGGGCCGUUUGCGAACCUAUGGUCUGUCGGCAUGGUGUUGGUGGUGGUUGCUACUGUCAUGAUCUUGUUAUGA